ACGCUGUCGGACCUGGAGGCGCUGGUUCAGCGCACAACGGCGCACAGCGCGAGCGCGUGCCAGAUCAGCGGGCCGCGACCGGGGCAGUCGUACUGUGUGUCGGCGUGCCGCACGGGCGCGGGGGUGGUGCUGAGUGUGGAAGACGACAACGAGCAAGAUUUACAGGAGGUCGACGUGCCUCCUCCGUUAUCGGCGGCGGGAGGGCCGAGCACGGCGUCGGCGGCGCCGUCGCUGCCGUUCCACCAGCUGGCUCGGCGCGCCAUCGACCGCAUGCAGAGCAUCAACAGCGUGUCGCCGCACGUGCACGCCUUCUGCGACGCGGCCGCGCAGGAGCUGCGCACGCUAACGGGGUACGACCGCGUCAUGAUCGCGCACAUCACCGACGAGGCCUGCUGCAAGAUCAUAGCGGAGUCAUGUGUGAGCGAGCUCACAUCUUUCCGCGGAAAGCACUUCCCUCUGCCGCCCGUGCCCAAGAUCUGGACGGACGAGGCCAUCAAGCAGCACAUCCCCAUGCGCUUCAUCUAUGACACGUCAGCAGGGCAAGUUCCCAUUCGCCACGUGGCCUCCCUAUCCACCCCGCCCGAUCUCAGCCUCUCCCCACUCUCAGGCGUGGAGAGCGCGCAGAGGCAGCUGCUGCGCGCUAUGGGGGUGUGUGCGGUGCUGCUGAUGCCACUAGCUCUGCACGUGGGCGAUCGCCACGUGCUCUGGGGCUUCGUGAUCUUCCACCAUUACAACCGCCCCUGGACCGUCACCUGCGCGCACCGCGCCGCCUGCACCUUCAUCGUUCAGGCCCUGCGGGCGCACCUAGCGACGCGGGUGAAGAGUGAGGAGCGGGCGGAGCGGCGGCGGCAGGAGGCGAUGCAGACGAGCAUCUGUGACCGGCUGACGUACCAGGUGGCGCCGUCCCUCGUCACCGAAAGCCCCUCCAUCAUGGACCUCGUGCCAUGUGACGGAGUGGCAUACGUGCACACAGAGAGGGCGCAGGUGGUCACCUUCGGCACAUGUCCCACAGACGAUCAGGUGCUGGCUAUGGUGGCAUGGAUGCAGAGCUCGUCGCGCCUGUGCGUGACCAAGCCAGUGUUUGCGCCACUCGUGUCCUCCUCCGCGCGACCAGGCGACUGGGGCCCUGCGUGGGCGCUGCACUGCACCGUGGCCGCCGCUGCCAUUGCUGACGCCGACGUGCUGCUCUGGCCAGCAGCGCCAUCUGGACUGGGCGUGGGCGGAGCCGCUCACAGCAGGCUCUAUUACAGCCCUCUCACCGCCCCUCUCUCCGUGUGCCCUUUCCCUCAUGUGCCCCUCCCCUACUAUGCCUCCCCCCGUGUGCCCCUCCCCCCCCUGUGCCCCUCCCCCCGUGUGCCCCUCCCCCCGUGUGCCCCCCCCCCCCCGUGCGCCCCUCACCCCGUGCGCCGCUCUCUGUGUCUGCCAGGCCAGCAACGCCAUCUGGACUGGGCGUGGGCGGAGCCACUCACAGCAGGGGCGCCGCACUGCGGCACGGGCAAGGGCAGCAAGGAGGGCAAUGAGUGCAGCAAGGGGAGCGGCGAGAGAAGCAAGGGGGGCGGCGAGGGCAGCGAGGGCGCAGGGGCGUGGGGCGAGGCGGGCAGGGAUGAGGGCAUGCUGCUGGCCAUGCAGCCUGCUGGGUGGACCCAGUCCGAGGUGGUUGCAGUGGAGGGGCUGCAGCGCAUGGCGUACGACGCACUCAGGGGCAACAGCGAGCCCAUGAAGACCAUGAUCCUCGUGCGGUUGAACGAGGAGAGGCUGAGGGCGAUGCAGGACCUGGCGAUAGUGGCGAGGGACCUGGGGCGAAUGAUGGACAUAGCGCACACGCCCAUCCUCGCCGUGGCCCGUGACGGCCGCAUCACCGAGUGGAACCAGCGCCUCGCGCAGCUCACUCGCCGCCCCAAGGCGUCGGUGGUGGGGCAGCUGCUGUCGUCGGUGGUGUGUGCGGGCAGCAUGCAGCAGCUGCAGGCGCGGCUACAGCAGGUAAUGGCGGGCAAGGGGCAGGCGCAGGAGCAUGUGGAAAUCCUCCUGCGCUGCCCUCCCAAGGGCAAGCCCGCACGCACGCCCGGCGCAUGCAGGGGAAAGGGGCAGGGGAACGGCAGCGAGGGGGACGGGGUUGGGGAGGAGGACGACGAAGACGAGGAGGAGGAGGUGGGGAAAGAGGGGAAGGAGGAGGGUGAGGGGGAGGAGGAAGAAGAGGAGGAGGUGAUGGUGCUGAUGGCGACGGUGUCCCCCCAGCGGGAUGGGCUGAACGAGAUAGUGGGGGCGACGAUGAUCGGGCAGGAUGUGACGGAGCAGCGGCGCACCAUGCAGCAGUGGGCGGAGAACGAGACGCGCGCCGUGCCCAGCGACUAUGAGCAGAUACUGGACAAGGCCAGCAUGCCCAUCUGGGCUGUGGACAAGGAUGGCCGCAUUGUGGAGUGGAAUGCGUCCAUGGCUAAGACAAGCGGCAUCAGCAAGGAGCAGGCGGUGGGGAAGCGCAUAAUGGGCGACCUGGUGGGGGACGAGCGCGUGCUGAUGGUGCCCGACAGCGACACACUGCUCUCCCUCGACUUCGCCAUCCACCGCGCCCUCGCCGGCCACCGCACGCCCACGCUCAACUUCCGCUUUGUCAACCACGAGGGCCGCCAGGUCGAGUCGGUGAUCAGCAUGCGCGCGUGCCAUGACCCGAAGGAUGAUGGGGAUGGCGCAGAUGGGGGAGGAGGAGGCGCGGGGAAGGGGUCCCGCGUGCUGUGCUUCAUGCAGGAUGUGACCAUGCGCAAGGCGGUGGAAAAAGCCAUGGUGGUGCGCCAUGCGGCUGAAGCGGCGGAGGAUGCCAAGUCCCGGCACCUGGCGUUCCUGUGCCACGAGAUUCGCAACCCGUUGAAUGGUAUUCUCGGGAAUAUCACCUUCAUGGAGGAUACGAGGCUGUCGGAGGAGCAGCAGGAGCUGGUGGAAACCACCGCGACGUGCGGUUACCAGCUGAGGAAGAUCGUCGAAGACGUGCUGGAUAUGAGUCAGAUACAGGAGGGGCGGAUAGAGCUGGAGAGGCACGAGCUGAACCUGCCGAGGAUAGUGAACGCGGUGGUGAGCCAGGUGGGGCUGGCGGCGGCUAAGAAGGGCCUGCAGCUGUACGCGAACAUCGACCCGCGCUGUAAUGACGUGCGCCCGCUGGGAGACGCUCCCAGGCUGCAGCAGUAUGAAGGACACAGCACGCCUCUACUUGCAGCUCUGCUCUUACAACAUCCUCCCACCCCACCACAACUCAUACCCAACGCUGCCGCCCCACACCUCUCUAUCCCUUGCUCUUGGCCCCUCCCCCCCACCCGCCCCUCCUCCUCCCCUCAACCCCCUCACCACCACUCCCCUGCGCAGAUCCUAUCCAACUUCGCAUGGAACGCCAUCAAGUUCACGCACGCUGGAUGGGUGGAGAUCGGUAUCGCCAUGCACCCCAGCCACCUCCCGUCGCCCUCCUCCUCCUCCCUCACCGCUCUCUCCAAAGCGGCAGCCGGCGCAAGCGGCAAGGGCAAGGUGGGGAGCAGCAGCGGCGGCGGGGGAGGCGAGGGGGCGGAGGGAGAGGAGGAGAGCGCGCGGUUUGUGUUCCGAGUGGCGGACUCGGGCGAGGGUAUCCCCGAGAGCCUCAAGCAGCGGCUCUUUGAGCAGUUCGCCACGGGCCGCAAGGGGUGUUGGGUUGGGGAUUUGGUGUGGAAGGGGGAGGGUGGGGGAGAAGGGGAGGGUGGGUGCUGCAUGGUCAGGGAGGGGUAUGGGUGGGGUGUAAGCUGCACAUGCAUCUGUCCUCCCUCCACUCCCCACCCUCCUCCCUCCACUCCCCACCCUCCUCCCUGCACUCCCCACCCUCCUCCCUGCACUCCUCACCCUCCUCCCUCCACUCCCCACCCACCGCUCUCCCCCAACGCACCAGGCGCGGGUGCGGGUGAGGGGGUGGGCAGUGCGGUAGGGCAGGCGCGGGGGCAGGCAGAGGGGGAAGCAGUGCGGCAGCAAGGGGGGAUGGUGGCGCGCAGAGGGGGAGAGGCGGAGGGAGGUAGUGGGAAGCAGGGUGGGGGUGAUGCGGGGAUGCCAGGGGGGGGAGUGGGGAGGGAUGGGGGUGGGCCUGAUGCGGAGGAGCACAGGGGAAGGAACUGGGAGGGGAGGGGAACGGCCGAGUCUGGGUGGAAGGUGCGGCAGCAGCAGCAGCAGCAGCAGCAGCAGCAGCAGCAGCAGCAGGAUGAGGGGAGGGAGGAGAUGGGCUUUGAGAGAGCAUUGGAGCACAGGGGAGGAGUGGCAAGGGGUGGGGAGUCAAGCGCCCAGUUGACUAGUGGGGGGCCUGCAGCAGCAGCCACGCACAGCAGCGGUCAGAUGGAUACAGCAGCACGGGAAGUGGCGCCGGUGGUGACAGGGGGAAGGGGAGGAGGCGGGGAUGGAGAGUAUGUGUCUGGGGAAGGAAAGGGAGGAGGGGGAGGAGAAGGAGGAGGAGCAGGCGGAGGAGGAGGGGGGGGAGGGGGGAAGGGGGGUGGUGAGUUUCGUGAGCCGUCGUUCCAGUCGGGAGAGGCAGCGUCAUCAGAGGGACCAGCAGCACACAUGCUGCACACACUCCUGCUCAACUCCCGCCUCCAUAAAUCAUCCCCCUCACUCCGCCCGCCGCCCGCAGCAACCUCUCCUCUCAAGCGCAGCCCAUCCACCUCCUCUCCCGCUGCUGCCCCCCCUGCACACCCCACCAUCCAUUCCUCCUCCUCCUCGCCCUCUCUGCCCUCUUUACCCUCCCUCUCCUGCUCCGCACCCCUCAACUCUUCCACUCCUACCAUCCCCCCUUCUCCCCGCCCUCCCUGUCCCUCCGCCCCGCGCUCGCCCCGCCGCCCGCCCACACCAGGGAGGGGGGUGGCGCAGAGAGGGGGUGGGGGAGGGAGCAGCUUGGCAGGUGCAGCGGGCACAACAGGUACGCGAAUCAGUGGGAGCAGUGGUUUGGAAACAGGCCGUCAGCAGCAGCAGCAGUCGCAGCAGCAGCAGCAGCAGCAGCAGCAGCAGCAGCAGCAGCAAGAGGAACAGCAAGCACCACAGCAGCAGCGUUGGCAGCAGGGCCUUCCUGGGUUGGCAGUUGUGGUGGAGCAGGGGUAUGAUGAAACGCACACCACGCCUUCCCACCACACUGCACCGCGUGGCUCCUCUCCUGCUUCUUCCUCUGCUGCUGCUGCCGCUGCUGGUGGCGGUGGCAGUUUCAGUGAAGCAAGUCCAGCAAGUGAUUUGCCUGGGGGGUUCAACAUUGAAGCACUCACAUCAGGCACCCAAUCUGACCCCAACAACCCUUGGACAUUCGACCACACCAGCCUGCAGCACUACAGCCAAUACCCGCCACUGCCCCGAGCCGGUACCCCAUCUCCGCGUCAAAUGGCCGCCUCGCCUGAAGCCAUGCGCGCUGACUCACUGCUGAGUCAGCUGCCGUCCUCGGUGUUCCACCUGGCGCGGCCGGCGCUGAGGGAGCGAAUGGCGGCCUCCUCCAACGGCGGCAUCCCAACUCGCUCCUUCACCGACCCUUCCCGGCGCUCCUUUCCCCCCCGCUACCCCCCGCCUGAUGCCCCCCCUGCUGCUGCAGCCGACGGCGCCGCUGGUGCCGGUGGCAGCAGCAGCAGCAGCAGCAGCAGUGGUGGUGUCAUUCUGCAGAGGUCGCUGUCAUCUCCUUUAUCCGGUGCACCAGCCGCCGUCCGUGGCAGUGCGUCAGCAGCAGCAGCAGCAGCGCACUCACACCAUGCUGCCGCGUCGCUGAUUGCACCGCCCCUUGCCAGCAGACCCAUGGUAGCGUGUGCGGAUGGGAGGAGUGUGGAGGGACAGGGUGACGGAACGAGUGCAGGGCUGCAGGGAGCUUUUGCUGGCUAUGCGCGAUCUUCUUCUGCCCUCACAGGCGUGACCCCAGCUGCUUCCCAGCAGCAGCAGCAGCAGCAGCAGCAGCAGCAGCAGCAGCAGCAGCAGCAAGUGCAAGCAUUUGUGGUCCCGUCAGCAGUGCAACAACCCGCACACACAACGCUCCCUCUCUCCCCGUACAUACCUUCCUCUCCCACGCCACCAGGAGCAGCUGCAGCAGCAGCAUCGCCGUCAGGUUCGUCUGCACCAAGUGCAGCAGGCGCAGGGUCCGGGGCAGGAGGCAGUGCUGCAAUCGUGCAAGCAGCGGCAGCGGCAGCAGGCAUGGUCACUGCAGCAGCCACGGCCGUGGCAGCAGCAUCAGUGGCAGCAGCAGCAGAGGCAUCUACUCGACAAGCAGCAGGCGCGGAUGGAGCAGUGGAAGGGGCGUCUAUUAUAGACGAGCUGAGGAGGUGCAUGAAAGGAGAGUGGAGUUUCCACGUGGUGAGAGAGGUGGUGGCUAGUGAUGCUGUGGCAGUGCUUGUAGAGAUGACAGUGGGGUCUACGGUGCGGCAGCAGUGGGGCGCCAUGCCCUGCCCGGCCCCCAUCACGCCUGCGCUCAUGCUCCCCGCUGCCACCUCGCAAGCUCUCUCUGCUGCUGCUGCUCUCUUUGGGGUUUCUCUGGGUGGAGUGCAGGGGGGCCGGGAUGUGGGGCGGGGAGGGGAGGAGGAGGAAGGAAGGGAGGAAGGGGGGCCGGGAUGGGUGAGGAGCAAGGGGAGGAAGGGGAAGGAGAGGCAGGAGGAAGGGGGCUGUGUGCGUAGGAAGGGGAGGAGUGGGAGUGCGAGUGGGAGGAGGGAGUUAGGAAUAGGAGGGCUAGAGAGUGUCACAGAGGAGGGCUGGGUCGGAGCAGAGGAGGGGCAGGGACAGGAGGUAAGAGACAAGGGAUGCCGCCCAACAGCCGGGCCCUCCAGGCAGCAACAGUGGCAUGCCCCGCUAGACCCUGACAGCUGGCAGCCGCCCAGUAGGUACGGCGGGGGGCAGGGUGAAGGAGGAAAGGGCGUGCGUGUGCCUGGGUCCAGCAUGGUCCGAGUGCGUUCCGCCCCCUCUCUCUCCCUGCUCGUCUGCCCCCCCUCACCUUCCACUCCCGACCCUUCCCCUGCUGGCCCCUCUCCCGCCGGCCCUUUCCCUCCUGCAAAGCCCUUGGGCUCUUGGAACGGCACGGGAGCAGCACGAGGGCCCACAGGCUCUCCUGUGUUCUCACACAUGCCUCGCCUGCAGCCCGCUGCGUCCCUCCCGUCCUCCUCCUCCGUCACCUCCCAUCCUCGCAAGCGCGCAUCGGACCUUUUCUCCAUGCCCAACCCCCCCCCGUCAGUGCAGCCGCAGAGAGACACUCAGCAAACAGCAGCAGCAGCAGCAGCAGCAGCGUCGGGAGCAAUGGGAACACAAGGGGCAGAGGUGGAGGGUGGCGAAGUGGUAAGGGAGAUGCUUGGUGCUGUGGAAGUGGGCAGGGGAGGUGACACUAUCAGGCAGGCAGAGUUUGGGCCGAGUCACGUUAGCAUACGGGCGCAGUUUGAGGUGGUGGCGGGGUCGGAUGGCAUGGAUGCCGUGGAGCGAGUCAUCAAGCGCGGAGAACGCUUCGAUGCCCUGCUGCUCGAUGAGAGGCUCAAAGUAAUGAAUGGCAGUGAGGCGUGCAUGCGUGUGAGAGAGUAUGAAGCAGCCAAUGGGCUCCUGGAGACGCCUAUAGUGGCCAUUUCAGCCAAUGUGGAGCCCGAUGAUAUCAGGCGGUAUGCCAUGGCAGGGUAUUCAGCUGUGCUUGGGAAGCCAAUCAAUGUGCGAACAGCAGGCACCCGGUUACGCAGGCAGCUCGCGUCGUCACCUCCCCUUUCCUCCGGCAGCUCGGCGUGGGAGCGCGCGAUAGCAGCGCUGAAGCCCGUGAUGUACGGCGUGGUGGCCGCCAUGACCGUCGGCGCGGAGAGCGAUGUCCCCACUGAUGCGCUCCGCACGCUGCUGGCGCCCGACGUGGUCGUCACGGCCAAGGUCCGCCUGCUAAACGCGGCGGAUAUCAGCGGCAUAAUAUGGGAGGAACUCACUACUAGCGGAGAAAGCAAGCUGGUGCCGUACUCUCCAACCGUGGCGCUGCUGCACCUGCGGUUCGAGCAGCGCGCCGAGUCCCAGGGCUCGGCCACGCCACUGACGUCGCGCACGUGGCCCUUUCCGGACUCCGCGCAGCACCCACCAGUCUACGCCACUCCGCUCGCGUUCCUCUCGCCCAUCGUCUCCUUCCGCCUCUACCCCGGCACUCCCGUGGGGUCAGCGGCACAGCAGAAAGAGCUCAGCAUCGUGGAGCUGGGAAGCGAUUACACCCAGUACACAUUAUUCCAGCUGUCUCUUGGUGUUUCGCAAUCGUUUUUUUCUUUUCCACGAAAGUGCACUCAGAUAAAUCUCCAAGGCGGUAUAGACCAGCAGACGCUGACGCUUCAAGGUCCUUCUCCUCAUCAAGCAGAGUGUUUCAAGUAUACCACAUUCAACAGCAGCUACUUCUUCGUGCUCACGAAGCCGGUGGACAUUCAAUACCAGGUUAAGCUUCCGCCACCCCCUCCGCCAUCCCCCCCGCCUCCCCCCAGCCCCCCUUCUCCGCCUCCGCCUCCCCUAGCUCCUCCUUCCCCGCCACCUCCCUCUCCGCCUCCACCCCCGCCGGCUGGAGGCAGCAACACGGCCCUGAUCUUGGGCAUCAGCAUUGGCGUGGGCCUCGUGGUGCUGCUGCUGACAGGCGGUCUGGCGGCGUUCGUCUAUAUCUGGACGGUCAGGCGGAAAAAGCACGCGCAGUCUCAGCCCGAGGGCAACGUGGGACGCGCGCAUCUGAUCGCUGCAAUAUCUACCGUGAAAGGCGGUGCUGCGCAAGGCUCUUCACGUGCGGAAAAUAGCAUCGCACCCACAGCCAGUGGAGGAGCAGCCUCAGGACGUGCCAGUCGAAGAGGAUGA